AUGUUCCUGCAGCCGCGACACACGCAGACGGAGCUCCACGGCUACUCGGUGGAGUUCAGCCCCUUCGUGGACAACUUAGUGGCGGUCGGCACGGCGCAAUACUUCGGCAUCGUGGGCAAUGGACGGCAACACGUGUACGAGAUGCUGCCGGCGGGGGGACUGGCUCCGGUGCGAGCUUUUGACACGCCCCAGGGAGUGUAUGACUGCGCGUGGAGUGAGAACCACGGGCAGCAGCUGGUGAGCUCCUGUGCUGAUGGGUCCGUGAAGCUCUGGCACCUGCAGACGCGCGACCAGUUCCCGAUCCAGAACUACCACGAGCACAAGCAGGAGGUCUCCGGGGUGAACUGGAACUUGGUGGCCAAAGACUCGUUCGCGUCGGCGUCGUGGGACGGCAGCGUCAAGAUCUGGAAACCCGAAGUGCCGCACUCGGUGCUGACGCUCGCGGAGCAUUCGAACGCCGUGUAUAACGCAGUGUGGAACACGCAGAACAACUCGCUGGUCGCGUCGUGCUCGGGGGACGGCACUGUGAAGAUCUGGGACCUCAACAGCGCGCGCUCAGUGACGACCAUCGCUGCGCAUGGCAAUGAAGUGCUCUCGCUGGACUGGAACAAGUACAACCAGUUUGAAGUCGUCUCUGGGUCCGCCGACUGCACCAUCAAAGUUUGGGACAUUCGGAACCCGGCUCGAGAGGUGCGAUUGCUCCCAGGCCACAGCUACGCCGUCAAGAAGAUCAAGUGCUCGCCGCACGACCCGGACGUGAUCGCCUCGGCGUCCUACGACAUGACCGUGGGCAUCUGGAACACCAAGUCGCCGUACCCGCGACUGCAGAACGCGCAGCACCACUCCGAGUUCGUCUUCGGCUUCGACUUCAGUCUCUUCGUGGAUGGUCUGGUGGCCUCGUGCUCCUGGGACCGGCAUGUGGCCACAGACAUGGAGACGCCCAAGAAGACAGGCUUCUGGACGCAGCACACGGACCCAAGCAGCGGGAGGACGUACUAUUACAACAUGGCGCUGGGUCGGAGCUACUGGGAGCUGCCGCCGGAGCUGCAGGCUCAAGUCAAGAAGCCGACGCUGGAUGCACUGCGUGAGUGGGAUCCAGAGGCUGCGGAGCGCAAGUACGGCGCUGCGAACCAACAAGUAGUCGGCGAGGACGAGGAGCUCCGUCGCAAGCGGGAGGAGGCUCUGGCCAAGUCCCGCACGGAGGCCGCCGAGGCUCAAGUCGCAUCUACAAAGCUCUCGCUGGACGAGAGGAUGGCUCUAGCUGCUCAGAAGCGGAAGGCGGCGGAGGUGCAGAACAGCAACCGAGCGACUUCAUCCAGCAGCAACGCUGAAGGUUCCAGCGAGUACCUGGAACUGGUGCGGCAGCUGCAGCAGAACGACGACGGGGAGGAAGGAGCCGGCGGCAAGUGGCUAGUCAGGUAG